AUGCUUCAGUGCAACUUAGGCAGGGGAUAUGCUGCGACACAUGAAUUAAAACAAUACAUCGUUAAUAAAGGAUAUGAUAUAGUCUUUAUAACUGAGCCAUACGUCGGCAAAAACAACACCCUCAGUCAAAUAAACGGCUACAGUUUGUAUCAACAUUCAAAACAUGGCAGCAGAGUCAAAGCAUGCAUAGCAAUAAAAAACAACUUUGGAUCUUGCCUUGGUAUAAACCAGUGCUGCACCACAAACCUCUGCACCGUCCAGUUGUCCCUAAAAGACUCAAAACUGCUACUUAUCUGUGCUUAUGUUGAACCAGAUGUUGAUGAGGAAAACACGCUUAACCACCUGGAACAAAUUCUUAAGACUAGCGACACAACGAGACGUAUCAUCUGUGGUGACUUUAACGGCUGGCAUACCACAUGGGGAUCAAAUAAAAUCAACAAAAGAGGAAAGGAAAUAAUGGACCUCAUUAUGGCUAAUGAAUUAAACAUCUGCAACACUGGCUCACACCCAACAUUUGAAACAACUACACACGGACAAUUAAGAACGUCUAUAGUUGAUCUCACAUUAGCUUCCGAUAAUAUUGUAUCUAACGUCAGAUCAUCACGCUAUAGACUUUAUUUUUGA